GUGCCGAAGGUGGCGGCGUGCGUUUGCCUAUGUGACACAAUUACAACAACUUUGAGCUGAUGGUUGGGGAAGUUUGCGAUAUUAUCAAAUAACACCCAGUCGUAAAACCCAACAUUAUAUCAACUUCAUGCAUAAAUUGGCACUGGAAUACACGCUGUGUUUUGAUGUACAAUGAGGAGGGUGGAAGGUAACUUGAAGGGAUCAUUUCCUUGAGGAUUUGGCAAGAAUUACGCUACGCCCCGUUUUAGUCCUGGAUAAGGUGUGCAGCACUUUCGUUGUUACUGCUUUUCGCCGGAGUUGCUCGGUCCCGUUGAUCUCCCCAUUUCUUUUCCAUGAAAUCGUGCGGAGUGUCGCUCACCGCCGCUGUCUCUGCUGCUGCUCGGAGUCUCGGCGUUGCUGGUAAUGACGAGGAGAAAAUGGCGUCGGGAAAAGCGACUGAAAUCGAAGAGGACUUUCCGAAGCUAACAGCGCAAGAGAAAGAGAGCUUGGUCGGAAUUGACAGUUCACUGUUUGGAUUUCAUAGGCUUCAAGAAGAUGGCGCCAGAACGAAGGCCUUGCUGUUAAAGGCUGUUAGCUGCUAUGAUGCCAUCAUCCUGAAAGCAGAGGGGAAAGUGGACCCUGACAUUUUCUGUCAGCUGGGUCAUUUUAACCUCUUGCUAGAGGACUAUCCAAAAGCAUUAUCUGCAUACCAGAGGUACUUCAGUUUACAGGCGGACUACUGGAAGAAUGCUGCCUUUUUGUAUGGCCUUGGCAUGGUUUACUUCCAUUACAACGCAUUUCAGUGGUCAAUCAAGGCAUUUCAGGAGGUGCUUUACAUCGAUCCCAGUUUCUCAAGAGCUAAAGAGAUUCAUCUGAGACUGGGUCUCAUGUUUAAAGUCAACACAGACUACGAGUCAAGCUUAAAGCAUUUUCAGCUGGCUUUGAUCGACUCCACUCUCUGCACUUUGUCCAAAGCUGAAAUUCAGUUCCACAUUGCUCAUUUGUAUGAGAUCCAGAAGAAAUACAGAGCAGCGAAAGAAGCAUAUGAAAGUCUGUUGCAGACGGAAAAUCUGCCUGUACAGGUGAAGGCGACCACACUGCAACAACUUGGCUGGAUGCAUCACACAGUGGAGCAGCUGGGGGAUAAAGGCACUAAGGACAGCUAUGCCAUCCAGUGUCUGCAGAAGUCUCUAGAAGCAGACCCAAACUCUGGCCAGUCCUGGUACUUUCUUGGCAGGUGCUACUCCAGUAUUGGGAAGGUGCAGGAUGCCUUCAUCUCUUAUCGUCAGUCUAUUGAUAAGUCGGAGGCCAGUGCUGACACCUGGUGCUCCAUAGGGGUGCUCUACCAGCAGCAGAACCAGCCUAUGGAUGCACUGCAGGCCUACAUCUGUGCUGUUCAACUGGACCACAGCCACGCUGCCGCCUGGAUGGAUUUGGGAACCCUGUAUGAAUCCUGCGGACAGCCUCAUGAUGCUAUCAAGUGCUACAUCAAUGCUACCCGCAGCAAGGCCUGCCUCAACACUGCUGCGCUCACACAACGCAUUAAACUGCUGCAGGCUCAGUUGUGUAACCUACAGCCAGGUAGUCUGCAGAAUAAGAGUAAAAUGCUUCCUAGUAUUGAGGAGGCAUGGAGCCUUCCCAUUCCUGCUGAGCUCACGUCCAGGCAGGGGGCCUUGAACACUGCACAGGCACAGCAGGCUUGUAAGGGGGAGGGAGGCCAGUCCACCAGUAAUCAUACAGACCCACAGGCCAGUCCUGCCAAGAGGAAACGUACUGCCAGCCCCAUUAAGGGUGUUGCAGAGUCCUGGACAAACAGCCCCAAUCAACAACAGAUUCCCAGCUGGUACCUAACGCCACAAAAGCUUCAGCUCCUGGAUCACAUGCGGACCAACCGAGCCAACCUCAAGCCCCUUCAGGUUCAGAUGCUGGAGCAGUUGGAGAACCAGUUUUCUCUCAUGCAACAACAUCAGCAACAGAUGAGGCAGCAGGCAGCAGCGGGUGGCCAGCCGCGGCCUAGCCUUCCCAAUGGCCCUUUGGCUGAACCCUCUCACCACCAUGCAGGCCUCCCCCGCACCUCCCCCCUCAAUCACACAGCCAUCCGGCCCCCUUGUGUCGCCCAGCCCACAGCCAACGGAUCCUGUUCGUCAAGUCCUUCAUCAGGGCUGAUGGGACACCUGGACUCGGGUUCCCUGGAUAAAAAUCACACCCUGGGACUAGGAGGUGGCAGCGCGAGCAAUGGAAAUGUGCCUUACCCGCAGCAGAACUCUCUACCUCACAACUGCACAGCCGCCAGUCACCCCAGCACCAGCAGCACUACCACUAGUCCCAGUCACGCAGACGAGACAUGGAGGAGCCAACAGCGCAACACUACCACUCAGGGGCUUCAAAAAGGUCCAGGUUCACAUUCGGCAGGUCCCAAUGGAGAACCCCCUUUCUCAUCCUCCUCCUCCCCUCAGACCUCGUUCUCUUCCUCUGGCAUUCUGAAUCAGGUUGGACAUUCCUCCGGGCCCUGCACUGCCUCUUCCUCAGCCUCUUCUUUAUCUCCCACUUCCCCUCAGACCACGCCCAACCACUUGUCCUCGCCUCUCCACUCCGCUACUACCUCAGGGGUCCACACCAAAGACACCGCGCCUUCAGGGGGUAACAACGGCAGCAAUGGUGCAGCUGCCGCUUUGCCAUCAGGUCCGGAGGCAGCCGUCAGGCAUUCAGCAGGAACACCCCUAAGUCCCAGCACCACCCCCGCGCAGGGAUUGACUAAUCACGUCCAGCCGCGGGUGACGGACAGCUCUGCUAGCCUGUCGCGGCCUGGCUCUCCUGCCCCUGGCGCGUUAAGUUCAGACAAUCCUCAGCUCUCAGCCUUGCUAAAGGGAAAAGCCAAUAAUACCAGUAAUGACGGUAACAAUAACUGCAGUAACCAUGGAGCGCCUGCCUCAGAGAAGAUCAACAACGUCCACCCGGGUCUCCACGGUGCAGCCAAGUCAGACCACUCGGUGGCGUCCUCGCCACUUUCCGCCACUGCUACGCCCUCUCCCCACUCAACAGACCCUCAUGCUGCCAACAGCCUCUCCUGCCUUAACAGCCCGUCCAACUCCAACAACCAGGGUCCCACUCUCAACGGGAAGGGGCUGGAGGACUCGCACAGCCCGCUGAAGGUGGAGCCUUCUGCUGGAGCUCGUAGCCAUACUGUCCCUUCUGGUCUGGCACCCUGGUCCUCAGUGUCCAUCUACCCCAGCUCCAGUGAAGUGCUCAAAGCAUGCAGGAACCUGGGAAAGAACGGCCUGUCGACCAGCAGCAUCCUCUUGGACAAGUGUCCUCCACCGCGACCCCCUCGCCCGCCCUCCCCUCCACUGCCAAAGGACAAACUCAACCCCCCGACGCCCAGUAUUUAUCUAGAAAACAAGAGGGAUGCCUUCUUCCCUCCCCUCCAUCAGUUCUGCACCAACCCUGCCAACCCCGUCACCGUCAUCAGAGGACUGGCCGGAGCGCUCAAACUGGACCUUGGCCUGUUCUCUACCAAAACAUUGGUAGAGGCCAACCCAGACCAUCUGGUGGAGGUCCGGACCCAGUUGGCCCAGCCCACAGACGAGAACUGGGACCCCAGUGGCAGCAGGAAGAUGUGGCGCUGCGAGAGUAGCCGCUCCCACACCACGAUCAUCAAAUACGCCCAGUACCAGGCGUCCUCCUUCCAGGAGUCUCUAAGGGAAGAGAAUGAGAAGAAGAAGGAGAUUGAAGCAGAGGCCGGUUCCUCAGACAGUGCGAUGCGACGCAGGAAAGGACCGUUCAAACACCUCAAAUUUGGCACUAACAUUGACCUUUCUGAUGAAAAGAAAUGGAAGCAGCAGCUUCAGGAAUUAUCGAAGCUGCCAGCCUUCGCCAGAGUGGUGUCAGCAGGUAACCUGCUCAGCCACGUAGGACACACGAUCCUGGGUAUGAACACUGUCCAGCUCUACAUGAAGGUACCAGGGAGCAGGACUCCAGGUCACCAAGAAAACAAUAAUUUCUGUUCAGUCAACAUCAACAUUGGUCCUGGAGACUGUGAGUGGUUUGCUGUGCCUGAACCGUACUGGGGUGUCAUCAACGACUUCUGUGAAAAGAACAACAUCAACUUCCUGAUGGGUUCAUGGUGGCCUAACCUGGAGGACCUGUACGAGACCAAUGUGCCUGUUUAUCGGUUCAUCCAGCGUCCUGGAGACCUGGUGUGGCUCAACACAGGAACUAUCCACUGGGUUCAGGCCAUCGGCUGGUGCAACAAUAUUGCAUGGAAUGUUGGACCCCUCACAGCCCAUCAGUACAAGCUGGCAGUGGAGCGCUACGAGUGGAACAAACUGCAGAGUGUCAAAUCCAUCGUUCCCAUGAUCCACCUCUCCUGGAACAUGGCCCGGAACAUCAAAGUGUCUGAUCACAAGCUGUUUGAGAUGAUCAAGUAUUGUUUGCUGCGGACAUUGAAACAGUGUCAGAUGCAGCGGGAGCUUCUGUUGGCUGCUGGGAAGGAACUAGUUUGGCACGGGAGGACCCAGAACGAGCCGGCUCACUACUGCAGUAUCUGUGAGGUGGAGGUGUUCGACCUGCUGUUUGUAACCAGUGAGAGCAACAGCAGGAAAACUUAUGUAGUGCACUGCCAGGACUGUGCCCGUAGGGGGAGCACUAACCUGGACAACUUUGUGGUGCUAGAGCAGUACAAGAUAGAGGACCUCAUGCAGGUUUAUGACCAGUUCACACUUGUAAGUAUCAGCUACAAACCCACCAGGAGUAGUAGUCAAUUUCACACCGGAGUGGAUUGAUUUGUACAUAAAUGAUGGAGACCUCUUUAAUGUCCACACCUGUUCUGAACAUGAUGGAGCUCAGGAUGUCCAUUUUUCUUUUCACAGGCUAGUCCCCUGCCUUCCUCCUCUUGAUGCUAAAAUUUUGUUGUUCUGAGGACAAUUAGAACCACAAUGAGUUUAUUCGGAAAGCCUCCGGGAACCUUUUUUUUUCUGAUAUUCAGGAAGUAAGCCGACAGUCCCCUAACUGCACUCUGUAGCUAUCCCAUAUGGCAGCUGCUGAAAGCUGUGUGUCUAUGCAACCUGCCCAGAGUGGCAUGCCUCCCCCUGGUGGAUUGGAGGGGGAUGGCAGCUCCUCCUGUCUUUAUGACCAGACUGUUCUACUGCUGGCCCAGCUGGACUUCUUUAGAAAACACACAAAAACCCAACAUAAAAAAAUUAUGAAAUAAAGUUUUGUACAUAUUAUGUUUUGAACUGGCAAAAUCAUCACACAAAGACUACUGACUUUUUUCGUUUUCCUUUUUUUUUUUUUUUUUUCCCAUUUGUUUUUUUUCUUUGUGGGUUGACACAAGCUUUGUUCCCUCCCCUCCAUGAGAUGAGUAUUUAGCAUAGCUGGUAUUUGUAUGUUAGAUAGACACCUCCUUGGUCAGGAAAACGGCGUAAAAAAAGUUUUGCAAUGUGAAGAGUUGAGUGACACAUUAUUUGCAACAUUUUUUCCCAUUUACAUAAAAAAAAAAUCUGUUAAAACAUUUCCUUUUUUGUUUUGCUGGAAUAUGGUGAAUUUGUGGUUACCUGAGGUAGGGGAGAGGAUGUCCUGUGUAGACGAACAACAGCCAAGUCACAGAGAAAGAGGGUUGCACAUAGAAAAAAAGAGUGAACUUUACCUUGUGUUUUUUUUUUUUUUAUUUUGAUGUAAAUUUACACUAUUUAUAAAUGCAUAUUUAUUGCUUGAAAAUAUUUGUUGAUGGAAUGCUGUAAUUUUUUUUUUUCCAGAGUACCUGCCAUUAAAUUUGAAGGAGCCUUGUGAUUUUGAGCACGGCCCCUUAUACGUUUUCUAUAUAAAUAAAACUGCUUAGUAAGCAUUGUACAGAGACCUUACCUUAAAAUGGGUUUAUUGUUUGAAGGAUGUUUUAUGCGUCAAUAAACAAAAAUUGUCUUUAUUUACA